UUACACAACUGCAUCGUCUGAUAUCGGUAACAGGGUUUCUUUAUUUGUAGACUAAAAAAUACACUAGUAAAAAUGGCGUAAGUCAGUUUAGCUUUGCGAUUUGAUAUAGUAAAUUGAGACAAAAAAAUAUUUCUUUUCAGUGAUUUAUUUUAGCAACAACUCACGUAUUGCUACGCUGAUGGUUCCUAACAAAUAACUUAAGAACUGAACCGAAACUGAACCCAUUUGGUAAAAUGACAGGAAAUAUGCCUCGCUGGAGUACUAAUUCAAUACCAGCAAAUGAUAUUUCUUCUCAUUACUCAGCAACUUACUCAGACAUUUCUGUUGACGAAAGAAUACGCAAUCCAGACAUAGGUCAGCGGCUGCACUCCCUCUUUCAGAAACAGCUUUAUACUGAUGUGAAAUUUGUUUUAAGUUAUGGAGUAAAGCCAAAGCCAACAUUAAUGGCACACAAAGCUAUCCUGUCCAUUGGAAGUAACAAAUUUAGAGAGAUGUUUUAUGACAAAAUGUCUAACGCUCUUUCAGAUAGCAGUGAAAUUCAAAUUAACAAUGUCACUUCUGAGACUUUCCGAAAUGUAAUCGAAUAUCUUUACACUGAUGAUGUUAUUUUCGAAAAUGACCAAAUAGUAGUAGACACUUUGUCAGCAGCAACCAUAUUUCAAGUGCAACCGCUUGUAGACAAGUGUGAAUCUUACAUCGAGUCGGUUGAGCUGACUGAAGAUAAUGUGUGCACCAAAUUUCAAAUGGCUGUCAAUAAAGGUUUAUCAUCCUUGAAAAUGAGAUGCACCGAAUUUAUUCAAGAAAACACAGGAGCUGUUCUGCGGUCUAAUGAUUUUCUAACAUUAAAUCCAUCAAUCGUCAGAGUUAUUUGUAAGCUGGAAAAAUUCAAUUUGCGUUCUGAAAUUGAACUGCUUAAUGGUAUUGUCUACUAUGUUGAGAAUCGACCUGAAUAUAAAACGAAUAGAAGAGCUGGCGUCGAAACUUUUCUGAGACACAUCAGAUUGCUGAAUGUAACAUGUGAAGAAUUUAAUCAAUUUGUGCAAAGAAAGCCAAAUAUCUUCAGCGCUCCAGAAGCUGCAAAUAUACUUAUGUCCCUUGCCAAUCCUGCCUAUCCAGCACCGAAUUUGCCAUCUUGGUGUAAAAGAGGUAGUAACAGAUGCAACUUUCAGCGUUCGAAUGGGCCAAGAGGAGAAAGUAUACAAGAAUUAAAUGUUUGUCGAAAAUUACUCAUUCAGUUGAGACCAAACAAAUCAAGAGCAUUAAUAUCAGAUUUGGUAUGUAUUUUGGAAAUGAAAUGUCUACAUGGCAGACAUAACUUGGAUGGACUGAAACUCUCCUUUGAUGUACCCGUGCAUGAAAGGAGUAUUAUUGGUCAUCUUAUCAUCAGCGUUGAUGUACAGCCAUCAAGAUAUCAUUUUGAAGAACACAUCCAAAUCAAACAGUCUGACACGAUAGAUUUCAAAUUCUCAAGGCGACUCAUGGCGAGAAAGGGUGACACAAUCUACAUAAGAACCGUCGCCAAAGAAGUGAAUCAUUACAGGUUCCUCCAAUAUGACGAAAAUUACUCAAUAUCGAAGGAUUCGCCGUUUUCAUGCAGUUUGGGUAGCGUUCCUAAAGAGAACAGAUUGUUCAUUAUAAGCGAAGUUCUUUAUCGUGAUGCUCCAAGAGGUGCUCCUAGUCAUCGUUCUAGAGCUUCUAGAAAAUGAAUAUUGCUUGUUUGGGGUGUUUUCUACAUUUUUGAAGAUUUGAAAUUUUAUUUUAUAUGGUUUGUAAAGGUUGUUUCAAAAUUCUAAAAUUUUUAGAAAAAACAGGGGUUUUUAUUGGUAUACAAUUCAUAUAGCUGAUAAAGGGCUACGCUUAGAGUAGUAUAUCGGAUAAAUGACUUCCUUAUUUUAAUUGGCACUCUUGCCAGCUAGUAACUGAUAGCUAUUGUCAAAAAGAAUUCGAAAUUUCGUUGAUACAGAGCUCAUUUUUUCCCUUUGAAACAUAAGUAGCAUCAUGCUUGUAGGGUUAAACAGGAAGAAAAACCUAAGAAAUUAAGAAAUGAAAUAUCCUAAAUUUUAGCGACAAAUUAUGGUCACCAAAACGGGAAAUCGCGCGACUAACACAACAUUACUCAAAAUAUAGCUCAGUAAUGAUAAUGCAUUACUCUUUUUUGUAGUGUGCUGUUUUUAGUAACCUUAAUUUUCAUUUGUAUUUUUUUCUGCUACACCUUGUUGCACAUGUUGGACCAAAUUCAAAUUUGAAAUAUUUUUGAGGCAUUCGUUAUUUCUGAUAUUUCGAACGCUUGGAGGAAAAAAAAGAAUUUUUUGUUCAAUUUCCCAUCGAUUCUACUGUUUUUGAAAUUAUUAGAAAGAAAAGAACACAAAUUAGAGAUAACAAUAUAAUUAUUAAUGAAUUAAUUUUAAAAGUUAUCUCGUUACUUAUUUAAAGUGACAAAGUAAGAUUUGUGUGCAGUAUAAUUUUUUUUAUAAUAUGCAGUUUUUACAAAAUGAGCAAAAUAUUUUUGCGUCUUUUGAUUAAAACUAUAAUACAUCUAAAAGUUAUUUUUCAUAAUACCUCGAAUUUCUUAGUGCAAAAACAUUUGUAUGCAAAUUGUCUAAGAAAAAUAUUAAAAAAUCAUUAUUUGUUACACAAUGUUUCGUGAGAACAAACUUUAUCUAUCUCUUAUUAUUUUUCUUACGUGAAAUUUAGUAAGAACUUUGUGUGAUCUGACUUGGUAUCAAUGUAAAAGAAUUUUUUUAUGUAUAAAAACUGGAAAGACUGAUGUGAGAUCUACUUGUUCACUUUACAUGAAAUAUGACAGUUAUAAAAUUGAGACUAUUCAAUUCUUUCUCAAAGACCUAAUAAUAAAAUAAUAGUUCUGAGUGAUGCUAA